CUCUCACCAUAUAAAUAUAGCUUCUUUUUUUUUUUUUCUUUUUUUGAACUUUUAUAGCUUUCCUUUCCUUUCCCUUCCCUCAAUAAAGUAACGGUUCUGAUUUGUGAAGAUUAGGUUUUAUUUAAAUUCCUCGUUAUUAGCGAUGUAAUCUUGAUCAUUUUGUCGGAGCCGCGUAGUUGCCUUUAUUUGCCGUCUUCGUUGAUUAUCAGUCUCGAUUGUUGAACUCUUUUAAUUAGAAGCUAUUACAUAGAAGAGAUCAAAGAAAAAGUUUCGAGAGGAGGAAUGGCUUCUGAGAACAGGUCUACUCUCAAUAAAGAACUCCUUUUCUUAAUCUUACAGUUUUGCAAGGAUGAAGGAUAUAAAAGAACAGUUCAUAUGUUUGAGCGCGAAAGUGGGUGUUACUUUGACAUGGAGUUUUUUGAAGAUAUGGUGCUGAAUGCAAAGUGGGACAAGGUUGAGAAAUAUCUUUCUGGUUUCACAAAUGUCAAGGACAAUGUGUACUCCACCAAGAUUUAUUUUGAAAUCAGAAAGAUGAAGUUCCUUGAGGCAUUGGACAACAAUGAUCGUGCAAAGGCUUUGGAUAUCCUGAUGAAGGAUUUGAAAGUUUUUGCUGAGGGCAAUGCAGAGCUAUUCAGAGAAAUGACUCAGCUUUUAACAUUGGAUGAUUUCAGGGAACAUGAGUUGCUCUCUAUGUAUGAAGAUGCAGAGUCUUCAAGGCAAUAUUUGAUGGAUCAACUUAAGAUACUUAUUGAGGCAAAUCCUGUCUUCCAUGGAAAAUUGAAAUUCCCAAGCAUCAAAAGCCAAAGGUUGCGACGUCUCAUCAAUCAAGGCCUGAACUGGCAGCACAUUCAAUGUAAAUAUCCUCAGCCAAAUCCUGAUGUAAAAACCCUCUUUGAGGAUCAUGUUUGUCAAUGGCAACAGAAUCAUUGGUUCAUGCAGUCAACUGAGAAUCCGCUGCCUUCUCAAGAUGCAUCCGUGCCAGUUUUCCCUGCCAGCUGGAUUUCUGGUCCAUCUAUUGAAAUUCAUGCUGUUUCUAACGAAGAUAUCUGUCUGAGUGAUCCAAUAACACUAGCAACAACUUCAAAUAAUGUUGGGCAUUCCCAUAGUAUGUCUCAAAAAAGCCCAGGGGGAACUGAAGAUGAGGUCAUGUCUAUUAUUCUGCAUAAUGGUCGAAAUCACAGCCCUGCAUCCAGCAUUUCUGAUGACUUGCCCAUUAUCUCCACAAAUAAUGAUAUGCUUCAAAGGACUGAACCAAUCAGCCAUACCGACUUGCCAAGGACUCUUGUGCGGAUAUUGAAUGAGGUGUCUUCUCCAAUGAGCAUGGAUUUUCAUCCUGUACAGCAGACUUUUCUUCUAGUUGGAACCAGCAUUGGGGACAUAGCGUUGUGGGAUGUUAAUUCAGGGGAAAAAAGGCUUUCAAGAAAUUUUAAGGUUUGGAAUAUUGGAGCAUGCUCAACGACACUCAAGACAGCUAUGAUGAAAGAUCCAUGCAUGUCUGUUAAUCGUGUUGCUUGGAGUCCGAAUGGUUCUUUCUUUGGGGUUGCAUAUUCAAAACAUAUUGUGCAAUUGUAUUCUUACCAUGGUGGCACCAAUGUUCAGCAGAAAUUGGAGAUUGAUGCUCAUGUUGGUGGUGUUAAUGAUUUAGCUUUCUCCAUGCCUAACAAGCAACUUGUGGUCAUUACUGGUGGUGAUGACAAGAUAAUUAAGGUGUGGGAUGUCAUUACUGGAGUACAAAUGCAUAAUUUAGAAGGCCAUGAAGCUCCUGUUUAUUCCCUCUGCCCUCAUUGCAAGGAAGAUAUCCAUUUUAUCUUUUCAACAUCCGCGGAUGGCAAGAUAAAAGCAUGGCUAUAUGAUAACUUGGGAGCCAGAGUUCAUUUUGAUGCUCCUGGUCUGGCAUGCACAACAAUGGCAUAUGGUGCUGAUAAUAGAAGUGAACUCUUUCACAGGCUUUUUUCAUGCGGGACUAACAAAAAUGGAGAGUCAUUCCUUGUUGAAUGGAAUGAAAGUGAAGGCGGCGCAAAAAGAACCUACCAAGGACUUUGCAAAAAUUCUUCAGCUGUUGUGCAGUUUGGUCCAAUCAAGAACAAGUUCUUGGCUGCAGCUGAUGACCAUUUAAUUAAAAUAUGGGAUAUGGAUAAGGUUGAGCUUUUGACAACUAUCGACGCAGAAGGAGGCUUGCCAGCAAACCCUCAUAUUCGUUUCAACAAGGAGGGCAACUUGUUGGCCGUUAUUGCAAGCAAAAACAAAAUCAAGAUUUUGGCAACAGAUUAUGGUCUUCAGUUGCUGAAUGCAUCUGUAAAUGGUUUUAUUGAUUCCUCUUCAGAUGUCUCUGAUGAUUUGAGAAAGCUUGUAAUAAAUCCAAGUUCAAAUGUUGCUAGUUCUGGAGGCGCUGAUGGACAUGUCCCAACUAGUUGUGAUGAGGAAAACUUAAAGGAAGUGAAAAAUAAAUUUAUUGACAAAACCAAUAACAAAUCAGAUGUUUGCAAGACCAUCCAAAUCAGCUGGCCUUCUCAGUGCCAGUUCUUGCAACUUAGUGGUCACGGGAAAGCGGAUAAGAUAUCAAGGCUGAUAUACACUAAUGCAGGUAAUGCCAUUUUGGCAUUAGCUGCAAACGCCACUCAUUUGCUUUGGAAAUGGCCUCAGAAUGACCUUAAUUGGAGUGGAAAGGCUACAACCAGUGUUGCCCCUCAAUUGUGGCAACCAAGAAGCUGCUCCCGAAUGAUGACCAAUGACCUUACAGGCAGCAAGCUUGAAGAGGCUGUGCCUUGUUUGGCUCUAUCAAAGAAUGAUUCUUAUCUAUUGUCAGCAUCAGGAGGGAUAAUUUCCUUGUUCAACAUGUUGACAUUUAAGACGAUGACGUCUAUCAUGCCUCCAUCACCUGCAUCAACAAGUCUAGCUUUCCACCCCCAAGAUAACAACAUAGUUGCUAUUGGAAUGGAUGAUUCCACCAUUUUGAUAUAUAAUGUUCGUCUGACAAAGGUUAAAAGCAAGCUCACGGGUCAUUCUGGAAGAGUCACUGGCCUUGCUUUCUCUAAUGCCAUGAACGUGCUGGUUUCUUCUGGAGCAGAUGCUCAGAUUUUCACAUGGAAUCUUGAUGACUGGGAGAAAUGUAAAAGCAAACUCUUGCAGUUCCCUGGUGAGAGAAUCCCAGUAGUGGGUUCAAAUACCCAGGUCCAAUUUCAUCUGGAUCAAGUGCACUUCCUCGUUGUACAUGAGACUCAACUUUCGAUCUAUGAAGCCAAAGAAUUAGCAUGUGUAAAGCAGUGGGUUUCAGAAGAUUCUCCAAGAAUCUCGCAAGCAACAUUUUCAUGUGAUGGCCAGAUGAUAUAUGCCUGCUUUAUGGAUGGAACAGUGUCAAUAUUUGGUGCUUCAGAUCUUGAAUUAAAAUGCCAGAUCCUUCCCACUUUGUACCUUCCUACUAGUGCAAGAUUAAAUGUGUAUCCCCUCGCUAUAGCGGCACAUCCUCAGAAACCAACCCAAUUCACACUGGGACUGACAGACGGUGUAAUAAUCAUUUUUGAGCCUCGUCAACCUAGUAAGACAUGGUAUGUGGGUGAAAAUAAGUCUACAACUGCAAGCAGCUUGCUCGAAGAUGAUUAGAAAUCAAGUCAAAAAUAUUUUUAAUUUUGUAAAUAAAUGAUGAUUCCACUUGACGUCAUGUGUUCAUAUCAGUAUUCUGGAUAUGCGUAAAUCAGCUAUGCGCUACGACAGUUCGGCUAAUGAUUUGCGACAAAGAAUGCUGUUUAGAGAAAAAGCCAUUGGACUUGUUCAAUAUCAAAAUGGCCAUGUUUGA